AUGAACCUUAUAAUUACACUUUUUGCAAUACUAAUACAUGUGUCUAUCUGUCUAGACCCAGUGGACAUCGAAUUACUGCAACCCCUACCUGAGGAAGGAAUCGUGAGUGAAGAGGUCACAUUCCAUGGAAUUCAUUACCAAAUAAUAGUUCCGCUGGGACAGUACUAUUUUAGAACCAUCAGCUACAAUAACAACCCUAUUUUCCAGGAAGCACAAAGAGCAUGUCUGAAAGUGGUAAUUGUCACAAGCGAUCAUAUUAAAUACAUUUUCCUGCGCAUAAUAACGGAAGAUGGCUUUGAAAUAAUUAGAAGGUAUUCAACUUUCGGGUUAUUCUGCUUCCUAGAACGAAUAACAGAUUGCACCAGCAGCAUAACAGACUUAAUAGCAAUAGCCAACUCCUGGCACCAUUCUCUUAAUAACAGGGGCUUCAACAUACCAUUGGCGGAUGUUCCCUUCGAACCAGUUGGUGGACCAGACGAUGAUCAGGGCCCUGGUGGUGGAGGUCCAGAUGAUGACGAUGAUGAUGAUCACGGACCUCCAGGUGAUGUGGCAGACCAACCUCCACAACCUCCUGGUGAUGAUGAUGCAGAUUCAGAUGAGCAUUCUGACAAUGGUGGAGAUAAUGGUGAAGGCGGUGCACCUCAGGAUCCUAACCAGAUUGUUCAGGAUAACAAUUUAGAAGCAGGUCCACAGGAUGAUAUCCCUAUCUUAAUUGAACCGGAUCAUCCAGGUGGGCAGGAUGCUGUGCAACAAGUGGUUGAAAUAGGUCCUCCCAGUAAUUCUCCGUAUGAUUAUCCAUAUUUCAACGGAUUCGAUUAUUUAGGAUUUGAUCCAGAAGGUUUAAAUCUGGGCGAAAAUGAACUUGACAAUCCGGCCCUCAAUCAGCCAAUAUUGCAGGAUGAUUUGGAACAAUUGUUGGGAGAAGCGGUGGUGGAGGAUGAUUUUGAUGAUCCUUUCGAUGUUAAUAUUAUCGAUGUUAAUCAGAAUAAUCAAUUGGUUCCCGGAGAUUCCGAGCAACCGGACUCUGAAGCUAAUGAAAAUGGCUUCUACGACUUUGAUGUUGAAAACUAA